AUGAUCUUCAACAAGUCCAUCUUCGCCGUGGCCGUCAUGGCCCUGGCGAACGUCGUGGCCGCUGGCACCACCACCCCGCAGACCCCAGCCUGUGUCCUCAAGAUUAUCGGUCAUCAGGAUAACCCAGCCGACAGCAAGGCCAUCUGCGGCAAGGAUGCCGCCAGCAUCCAGUCCGACAUCGCCGACAAGUGUGCCGACAGUGAUGUAGCCCUGAAGUUCUUCGUCAGCAACUGCGCCCAGCUCGGCCACAAAGUUGUUGAGACCUCUCCUUCCUCCACCGCUACCUCCGGUAGUGCUUCCGCCUCCGCCUCCGGCUUCGUCACUGCUGCUUCUUCCAGCGGCGCUGCUGCCACCGGCUCUGGCUCGGGCUCCGGCACUGGUUCCUCCGCCGCUGCUACUGGUACUGGCUCUUCCAGCUCUGGGUCUGGUAGCGCCUCCAGCCCUACUUCGACCUUCAAUGCUGCUUCGUCUGACCGCCAGUUCUCUGCGACUACCUUUGCCGCUGCGAUCUUCCUUGGCGCUGCUGCUCUGCUGUGA